AUGAAUAAAAAAGUUGAAUAUGUGUAUUCCAAACCCAGAAAAGAUUUUGGGAAACAGCCUAUGUUUUGUGAAGUUCCUAAUCAUAUCCUUGACUCAAUAUCACCUGAUUGUUUAGAACAAAAACUUUAUGGCCUGCGAAAUCCAGUUCAUAGUUUUACACAAACAUUAAUUUCUUUAAAAGAUAAAAUUGUUAACACUACUAGGAUUUUUCGUCGUGAUCAAGGAAUUAAUCAUUUGGAAGGAGGUUGGUCAAAAGAUAUAAAUGUAACCGAUGAAGAAGCAAUCACGCGAUAUAGACGUCGAAUAGAACGCGAUGAUAACUAUAUAAAUGCAAUACUUGGAAGUUACUCCAAGUUUGAACAUAUGAUUAAACAAAAUAAUGCUAUUGACAUGUAUACUAUGUAUUUUAAGGAAAUGCGUUCAGAAAAGCCUGUUGAGAAAUCAAACAUUUGCGUAAACGGAAUCUACAGAGAUAUAUAUCAUCGUCCUAUAUCAAGCAUAGAUUGGACAAAUGAAGAACAUCCGAAAGUUGUGGUUUCAUAUUGUAAUAAAACAUAUAAUAUUCUUAGAAGCGAUAAUUUCAAUAUUGUUGGUUUUGUGUGGGAUUUAGAAAAGAUGAAUGUUCCACUUUGUACAUUUAAGCCUCCAAGUGCUUGUUGGCAAGUAGCAAGUUCCCCUACAGAAUCGUCUAUUAUAAUUGGAGGACUUGAAGAUGGAAGAGUGUGCAUUUUUGAUAUCCGAGUUACGGAAAAACCCACACUUAUAAGUCCAGCACAUUUAGCCCACCGAGAACCGGUCAGUGCACUUUUAAAUGUUUUUUCGCGUGUUAACACUGAAUUCUUUACUGGUUCAACCGACGGAAAAUGCAUGUGGUGGGAUUCACGAAACCUUGAAGAGCCACUUGAUACCCUGAUUAUUACUUCAAGACGUCAUUCAGAUGCGGAUGUUAGUUUGGCAAAUGCAGAACCCAUAAGCGUACUUCAAUAUGAACGAUCUAUUCCAACAAAAUUUUUAUGUGGCACGGAUACGGGCCUUGUUAUUAAUGUAAAUCGGAAGGGUAGGACUCAUAAAGAUAAAAUGAGUACAAUUUUCAAAGCGCAUAAUGGAUCUGUUAAAGCUUUACAUAGGAGUCCGUGUACUUCUAAGAUUUUUAUGACUUGCGGAGAUUGGAGUGUGAAAAUUUGGAAUGAAGAUCUUAGUUUUUCUCCAAUCUUGUCGAAUACUAAUCAUCUUAACUUAAUAUCCGACGUAGCUUGGGCUCCUAAUAGAUUUUCGAGCUACAUGACAGUUUCAUCGGACGGAAAAUUAAGAUACUGGGAUUUACUCCGUAAGCAUCACACUCCAAUUGCUACUUUACCAAUUUCAAAGAAAUCAUUAUUGAAAAUGAAUAUCCAUGAAGAAGGCAAAUUAGUUGCUAUGGGUGAUUUUGAUGGUGUGUUAUAUAUAACUGCUUUAUCUGAUAGCCUUAUUAUCCCUGAUAAGCACGACAAAAUAUUAAUUACUCAAGCUUUUGAGAGAGAAACUCGCCGUGAGCGUAUUUUAGAAAUGCGAACAAAAGAAAUUCAUUUAAAAGCUAAAACUGAUAAACAAAUUCAUACAAGGGUACACCAUUUUGAAGACCCACAUGCAUUAAAAGAUGUUGAAGAAAAUUUUAAAAAAAUUGUACGUAAAGAACAUGAAAAUAUUGGGGGAAAGAAAAUACAUUAA